AUGGCGAUCCGCUGGUCGAACAAGCUGGAUCAGGUAGGGUCGCUGAAACAGAUCCUGAAGAGAUGUUCCAGCCUCUGCCGAAAGCAGGAGGAGCAGGUGGUGGACGUGCCGAAGGGGCACUUCGCGGUGCACGUGGGGGAGACGCGGAGCCGUUUCAUAGUCCCCAUCUCCUUUCUGGCCCACCCGGAAUUCCAGCGGCUGUUGCAGGAGACGAAGGAAGAGUUUGGCUUCAGCCACCACAUAGACGGCCUCACAAUCCCCUGA